AUGUAUUUGCUGACAGUUGUGGGAAAUUUGACAAUUGUCACCCUUGUCUGUAUGGUGUCGCAACUUCACACGCCAAUGUACUUCUUUUUGUGUAAUCUUUCUUCCUCAGAUAUUGUGUUUGUCACAGUUACUCUUCCAAAGCUGCUGUCCAUUUUUUUGACCCAAGACCAUACCAUCACAUUCGAUGGAUGUAUUACACAACUGUAUUUUUUUCUAAUAUGUGGACAAGCUGAAAUAUUCAUCCUGACUUGUAUGGCCUACGACCGCUAUGUGGCAAUAUGUAAGCCCUUACAGUAUUCCCUAAUUAUGAACAAAGUAGUGUGCUUUGUAAUGGCUGCCUUUUCCUGGCUUACAGGUAUCUUAAAUUCAUUGCUGCAUGCCUUGAUUGCAUCAUCCUUACCAUUCUGUUACUCCCUUGAAAUUGAUCACUUCUUCUGUGACCUUAAAACACUGGGCAUGCUAUCCGCUAGUGAAUCUAAAAACCGGGACAUUCUGACAUCCGUGCAGAGUGUAUUUAUUGGAUGUGUGCCUUUUCUGCUUAUUGUAGUCUCCUAUGUGUACAUCAUUUCUACAAUACUGAAGAUCCAAUCUUCAAAUGGACGACUAAAAGCUUUCUCAAGCUGUACCUCACACCUUACUACUGUAGUGUUAUUCUAUGGGCCAAUCAUCUUCUUGUACAUGAAACCAGAGAACGACCGUUCUAGAGAAGACGACAAGCUGCUCUCCAUACUGUAUGUGGUCGUGGUGCCAAUGUUGAAUCCAUUUGUUUAUAGCUUGAGAAACAAAGAUAUAUUAGGUGCAAUUGCUAAAAUAAAACAAUACUUAAAGAAAGUGUAG